AUGGCGGCGACAACGGCGCCACAACAGCGAGUGCAUUGCCGUUUCCAGACCGACGACGAGUAUGAGGAAGAGCAGUUGCUCAUGGAUAUCGACAUGGAGUUACAGAAGGUGCAGACACUCAAGACACAGACGCACGAUCGCAUCGAGCAGCUGCGACAGGAACAAAAGCUCCUGGAGCAGCAGCAGCGCCGUCUCCAGCGGCAAACGGACCGACGCGACGCUGGCGCUGCCACUGCGCGCAUGUUUCAGCUGCAGGAGAAAGAGCGGGAGCGACUUGCAGCGGCACAGGCGCAGCGCAGACGGGAGGAACAGCGGGUCAAGGCCGGGGCUGAGGCGGCCGAGCGCCGUCGCGAGCACGCGAUUGAGACCGACAAGGACUUGGAUGACUUGGACGCGUUUUUGGCCCAGGACGCGACCAACUAUUGA